AUGGCGUCGCGUGUGAGAGCAGGGAGGCCGGGGUUCUCCAUCGACAGGAUUCUGGAGCUGGAAACACCUGAGAACUUCCGGAAACUGCACCGACCCUGGGCAGAGAUGGGAGCGGAGAAGGAAAACAUGGGACACAGAAUUUCCUCUCAACAAAAAUAUCCUCCUCCUCAUCAUCCUCAGCAGAUGAGCUCCAGGCCGCCGAGCAGCUGGUACAUCGGACGCAGACCGCGCACCGCCUUCACAAACAGCCAGGUGAAUGUGCUGGAGACAGUGUUCCAGGUGAACUGUUACCCAGGUAUCCAGCUGAGGGAGCAGUUGGCGGGCAGACUGGAGCUGGACGAGGACAGAAUACAGAUCUGGUUCCAGAACCGGAGGGCCAAGCUGAGGCGGGCCCUAAGAGAGACCCGGCUGCAGCUGGUUCAGACGGCCGUGGCCGACCUCGGGGUCAAAGGUCACCUGAAGGCCGAGCAGAACCUUGAUCUCGCUCAGAGGUUCGAGAGGGAGGAAGAGGAGGGAGGAUGA